AUGGGCUUCCAGGGCGACAUCUUGAGAAGCUCUGUUCCGAUCUGGGCCAACAUGCAGGCGGCGUCGCCCACCACGCCGGUCAGCUCGUGCUUUCCAACCUCAGUCUCCUUCGCCCUCGACAACAUCGAGAAGAGCGACCUCUCAGCACUCGGAUACCCCAAUUGCGAGUCUCACGUCAGCGACGAGCACAAGAUGCCGCUCAUCCAGCACCUGCUCGUGACCAAGGCGCCUGCCGGCGACAAGGACCACAAGGAGGUCGUCGCUAUUGACCGGGACAUUGUCAGCGAGGCGAUGGGUCAUUUGUGA